AUUGAUUAAUCAAGUAGGGGUGUGGCUUUUUAUAGAUUUUAAGGGGGCGUGGUUUGUUGCAUAAUUUUUAUCAUGGCCAGCAAAUUGGUGUCUCUAAGCAAGUUUACCUCGUUUUCUCGACAAGCCUUUCAUGGGAUUAGGUAUUGUAGUGGCAUAAACUUUGAGUUGACUCCACAGCAGAAAGAGUUCCAAGAUACUUCGCGUCGUUUUGCACGAGAUGAGAUCAUACCAGUAGCAGCACAUUAUGACAAAACGGGAGAGUACCCAUGGCCUGUGUUAAAGAAAGCCUGGGAACUUGGUCUUAUUAACCAAGCCGUGCCAGAGGAAUAUGGCGGUCUUGGUCUUCCGCUGGUUGACAUGUGUAUCAAUGCAAUCGAGCUAGCUUUUGGUUGCACUGGAAUAAGUACAGCUAUUGGUGCUAAUGAUCUUGCUGAAGCACCUGUCAUUCUUGGCGGGUCUCACGAGAUAAAGAAAAAGUUUCUCGGUAGGAUGACAGAAGAGCCUCUAAUUGCUGCUUAUUGUGUUACAGAGCCUGAUUGCGGCUCUGAUGUAUCUGGGAUUAAAACAACAGCUGUUAAGAAAGGAAACGAGUGGGUUAUCAACGGUAACAAGAUGUGGAUCACUAAUGGUGGCUAUGCUAAUUGGUACUUCCUGUUAGCCCGGUCGGACCCUAACGCUAAGACUGGAGACGCUUUCACUGCCUUUGUAGUCGAGAGAGACACUCCUGGGAUAACACCGGGGAAGAAGGAAUGGAACAUGGGACAGAGAGCGUCUAAUACAGCCGGAGUGACAUUUGAAGACGUUGUCAUCCCAAAUGAAAAUGUUCUAGGUGCUCCUGGCAAAGGAUUCAAGAUAGCCAUGGGGGCUUUUGAUCUCACCAGACCAGCUGUUGCAGCUGGAGCAGUCGGCUUAGCUCAGAGAGCACUAGAAGAAGCAACUAAAUACGCUCUGACAAGAAAGACAUUUGGAAAAUAUCUUAUAGAUCAUCAAGCAGUGGCCUUCAUAUUAGCCAAUAUGGCCAUUGGUAUUGAAUCAAGUCGACUCUGCACUUAUCGCAGUGCCUGGGAGGCUGAUCAAGGCAGACAAAACACUUAUUAUGCGUCCAUUGCUAAAGCUCUUGCGGCCGACGUUGCAAUGAAAUGUACCACGGAUGCCGUCCAGGUAUUUGGUGGCGCAGGUUACAACAGUGAGUAUCCGGUCGAGAAGUUAAUGAGAGAUGCAAAAAUAUUCCAGAUUUACGAAGGGACAGCUCAAGUUCAACGUGUUGUAAUUUCUCGUAUUAUUGAGCAGUAUGCGAAGAGUACCAUGUGAUGAUCACAUGCCCCAUACAUUAUUGACUACCAUUAUUAUUAUUUUGUUAUGUUAUGUGUUUGUCUAGAUAUAUAUUAUGUAAUGUCUGAUACAGAUAUAUGAUAAUGUAUACUUGGAAGUUUUUCAUCUUAA